UCCCCUCCAGUCUCACUCUCAUACUUUCGCUCGCUCAUAGCCCCCUCUCUCCGGUUCGGAUCAACAUAAGAGAAGGUGACGGGAUGAGGAGACAUGGAUUUUGCCGUGAGAUGCGGGGGGAAAGGUGAAAUUAACAACGCGUCGUUAUUUACGAUCCGUCAACCCGCUGAAGACCCCGAGUAAAGCACGACAGGGGAUGAAGAAUGAGUGAGCGCGGUGUUUGGUAAAGAGGCUCAGAUCCUUCCAGAAGGCCAAAUGGAGCAGGAUGUGGAGAGCCCUGUCACGGUCAGGCCACCACGGCUGCCCAAGCAGGUGCGGGACGACGUUCCCAAGCAGCUGCAGGACCCCGAGCGGGCCAAGCGGAAGAUCCAGCGCUACGUCCGCAAGGAUGGCAAGUGUAACGUGCAUCAUGGCAAUGUGCGGGAGACCUACCGGUACCUGACGGACAUCUUCACCACACUGGUGGACCUGAAGUGGAGGUUCAACCUUUUCAUCUUCGUGCUGGUGUACACGGUAACGUGGCUCUUUUUUGGUCUCAUGUGGUGGUUGAUCGCCUACACACGUGGCGACCUGGACCACAUAGGGGAUGAUGCGUGGACGCCGUGCGUCAACAACCUGGAGGGCUUCGUCUCAGCAUUCUUGUUCUCUAUUGAGACAGAGACGACCAUUGGCUAUGGCUAUCGCGUGAUCACGGACAAGUGUCCAGAGGGUAUUGUGCUGCUCCUGGUGCAGUCGGUGUUGGGCUCUAUAGUGAAUGCCUUCAUGGUGGGCUGCAUGUUCGUGAAGAUCUCGCAGCCCAAGAAGCGGGCGGAAACGCUUGUCUUCUCCACCAAUGCCGUCAUCUCCAUGCGGGACGGGCGCCUGUGCCUCAUGUUCCGUGUGGGGGACCUGAGGAACUCGCACAUCGUGGAGGCCUCUAUCCGAGCCAAGCUGAUCAAGUCCAAACAGACCAAGGAGGGGGAGUUCAUCCCCCUCAACCAGACGGACAUGAACGUGGGCUAUGACACCGGCGAUGACCGCCUCUUCCUGGUGUCGCCGCUCAUCAUCUGCCAUGAGAUCAACCAGCACAGUCCCUUUUGGGAGAUCUCCAAAGCCAACCUGGCCAAGGAGGAGCUGGAGAUAGUGGUGAUCCUAGAAGGCAUGGUGGAGGCCACAGGCAUGACGUGCCAGGCCCGCAGCUCGUACGUGGCCAGCGAGAUCAAGUGGGGCUACCGCUUCACGCCCGUGCUCACGCUGGAGGACGGUUUCUACGAGGUGGACUACAACAGCUUCCACGAGAUCUACGAGACCAACACGCCCAGCUGCAGUGCCCGCGAGCUGGCCGAGAUGAGCGCGCGCUCACGCCUGCCGCUCACCUGGUCCGUGGCGAGCAGACUGAGCCAGCAGGGCCUGUUGGACCCGGGCGACGGCGGCCUGGAGACGGAUCGGGCCGAGGGGAAGGGCAACGGCGGCGUGGGGGAUGACGGCAUGCGGGAGCAGGCUGAGCGGAACGGGGACAUCGCCAACAUGGAAAACGAGUCCAAAGUCUAGAGCGGGGAGUGCAGGCCGAGCGGAGAACGCCUCCUCCCUGGCUCUCGCUCGAUCUCUUCCACACCCUGUGUCUCUCUGAAGCACGCACACUCACAAGCUCCUGCUUUGCCUCUUUCUGCCUCCUGCUCCCUCACACAUGCAUACACGCACUAUCUCUGUCUCGUUCUCUCUGCCUCUCUCACAGGGUCUCUGUCUGUCUAAGGCUUGCACUCUCUCUGCCUUCCUCUCCGUCUCUGUCCUGCGUAGCCGGACACAGGUCUGAGAGCAGCUCAGGAAAGAGCCCAAAAAGCUUGUGCUGGAGCACAUGACCUCCUGCAGCACAGACCAGCCCCUCCCCCUCUGCUCCCUCCCCUGCCCCAAAGAGACUUAAGUCAGAUGGCUCAGAGGCUUGGGCAACUGCAUGGUUUCAAAGAAUCUUUUUCUUAAAGAUAAAAAAAAUAUAUAUUAUUUUCAGAUUUUUAAUUAAAAGAUUAAAACCUAUAUAUGUAUAUGAAUAUAUAUAGAUAUAUUCUAGGGCAUUUGCAUUUGUAUUUUUUGUACAUAUUUCAAUAAUUGUUUGAGAUGAGUGAAUAUUUGACUGGAGGUUGUUUGAUACUGUAAUGAUUUGGACUGGAUCUGUAUAUUUUGCCUUUUGGAAGAGGAUUUCUUUACCUUUUGGGU